CAAGUUCCGAACUUUACUGCAAAUGGAUGAAAUCGCAGUCAAAAUCCCAUGUUUCCUUAACAACCCAGUUUCCGGCUAGCCUAUAGCUUUGCUCUGUUCUCGAGCUUUUUCUUUUACCCUUCUUUCCUUCCAGUUUAGAAUUUCCCCUUUCAGAGAUAAGAAAGUAUGCCUUCUUUCCUUCAAUCAACCGUCCCGGCGUCCGCUGGAGCUGGGCUCAAUAUUCUCUUCGAGCAUGUCCUAGUGGCAAUUUUUAACGUGUCGAAGAAUAACUCCAUCUUCGAUUCGACCUUCCAGCGGCUGGAGCAAACCUUGCGGUCCAUGGGUCCAGCCAUCAGCAAAAUCGAUGCUUACAACAUGGAUUUCGAUCGUCCCAAAGAGAUAGAUGGGCUGAAGAUCAUACUGAAAAAGGGUGCUCAGUUGAUCACCAAGUCUGCAAAGAUAAAGUGCUAUGACGUUGUGAGGAGGCUCAUGUAUUCAAGGAAGCUUCUCAAGCUGGAAGACAAGCUCACAAGGUACAGUACCUCUAGGCUGCAGCUUCAUCAAGUGGCCGACGGGAAGGAGAUUCUGUACGAAGUGAAGCAGCUGAGCUAUCAAGUGUGGGAAAUGAGAAUGGAAGCAGCAGGUAGCUAUGGUUCCACGGGGGGAAGUGGAAAGACCACUUUCGCCACUGCGUUUUGCGAUGAUCAAGAAGUUAAAGAUAUGAUUCAAAAAUUCACACUUUGUUUUCGUUGGGAUGGUGAAAUGAUAAGAUCCACGAAAGGAAUUGAUUAUCAAGAUGAUGAAAAGAUGGAUAUGAUGUUUGAGUUCUUGAAAGAAAAUCGAGGUAUUAAAGUGGUUGAGGUGUAUGUGGAGUUUGAAGAUGUGGAUAAAUGGGGAGGUUAUCCGUUUUUAGGUGGAUACUAUGGUAGUUCUGUUGAUUCUUCCAACCAGCAUGGCAGGAGUAUGGGAUCUUCCAACCAGUAUGACAGUGGUGUGGGAUCCUCUCAUCAAUAUGAUAAUUGUGCAGAAACUCAUUCAGGAUACAAUUAUAAGCCACAAACAUCUUUAAGAGUCUAUGCAGGAUACAACUAUAUACCACAACCAACUGGAUAUGGUAGUGGUAGAGUAGCUUCUCCAGUCAUGUCUACUUGUUCUACUUUGCCCAUGUCUUGUAUUGAGAAUGAGGAAUUGGUGAGAGGUGAAUAUGGUGACCCUUCGUGUCCAAGGUCGGGUCCUCCUAACUAUAGUAGUGAGGAUGACUUUGAAGAUGAUGAAGAUGAACUCAAAAUGAUAAGCAUUGAUGACCCGAUUAGGGAUGAAGGAGAAAAUAUACCAUCGACACCACACUAUAAAAUGCUCCUACCACAUCUGGUGUGUGAUCAGAACGAUAACUCAGAGAAUCCUCCUACACCAUUAUGGGAUUUGUCAACUCUGUUCCAGGUGAAUACGACAUUUCCUGGAAAAAAAGAAUAUAUGGCUUUGAAACGGGAGGCAAUGGGUCGAAAUUUUGAGUUCAGUGUCUACAGAUCCAGCAAAAUAAAAUUGCAUGUCCAAUGCAAGAAGAUCGACGAAGGAUAUAGUUGGAAUGUUCGAGUGGCAGUAUUGGGUGAUAUGGACUUUUGGGUUAUUCAUAAAGUGCAAAACAAUCACACUUGGAGCUCAGGUACACUUGUCCAAGACCGUCUCCUACUUUAUUCAAACUUUGUGGCUGAUAACAUCAAGCACUUGGAGAAGGUACAACCAAACAUCACCAUCAAAGCAAUACAAGCAGAAAUUCAAACACAUUUAUCAUUCACAAUCAAGUACAAGAAGACAUCGCAUGGAAAACAAAAGGUCAUAGAAGAAGUGUAUGGUGAUUGGCUCGAGUCCUACACGUAUCUCUCAUUGCUUACCGAAGCAAUUGAGCAUUGUAAUCUCAGGUUUCCUCAUUAUCUCAUUAUUAUCCAAGUUGAUGGCACAUUCCUAACGGACAAGUAUAAAAGAUGCUUUAUAAUUGCCGGUGGUGUUGACAAGAAGAACCAAAUAUUUCCACUAGUGUUAGAUGUGGUGGAAGGUGAGAAGAAGCGUCGUUGUGAAUGGCUCUUUUUGCAACUACAUAAGUAUGUAAUCCAACAUGAAGACCUUGUUAUUUCUAAUGGACAUAAUGGGAUCUCUCAUUCUAAGCACGUUAUUGGGUCGAAGAUCCCUUGGAAGGGUCAAUGGUUCUUACGUCAUUUUAUCAACAAUUGCGGGGAGAGAUGGAGUAGAAAGUACAUCAAACAACGAUUGUGGUGGCCAGUCAGGUGCCUGGGUUAUUAUUUGGACAACAUCAUGAUCAUCUGGACAACCGUCACGAAAGCAGCCAAUCUACUGACGAUUUGGCAUAAUAUCUUCCAGCGUUUCGGCCGUCAGGUGCCCGUGUUUCAUAGGGAAGAAGAUGCAGUCAACAAACUUGAAUACUUGCUCAAGGAUAUGGAUGGAAAGCCUACAGACAAAAUGCAGGCAUUGAGUGAUGUGGAUGCUAUGGACCUCUUUCGUCAGUCAGCUUUCCUUCAUGAGGGGAACUCGUAUGAGCCAGAUCAAGAAGUUCCAGAAAAGAUAGUGAAAAGAUGUAAGGUAUUUCCACUACUGAUUUCUGUGGUGGGGAAAUCCUUACUCAAAAAUCCUAUGGUGGAGCGGCACAAAAGAGCGAAGGAAUGUUCAAAGACUGCUUCCUUUCUUGAAAACUCUGAGGUACUCGACUGUCUGCAGAAGAGUGUGGAUCCUUUAGAUAAUAAGCAACCAAUCAAGGAGUGUCACAUGGAUCUAGGGUUGUUCCCUAAUCACAGAAAAAUCCUUGUCGCGGCCCUUAUCGAUAUGUGGGUAGAAUUGCAUGGUCUGGAUGAAGACUAUGUUAUAUCUAACCUCUAUGAACUAACUCUCUUUCAGAAAUCUAGUUGAUUUUGUAGUCAACAGGUAAAUUGACCACCCAUCCCUCCCAAAGUUUUAUACCUCAGCAACAGUUUUAUUCACAUGAUCUUGGCUUGAUGGCAUUCAAUAUCCAGGAAAGAUGCAAGUGAAAAUGAUGGCUUCCACAAUGAGGAUUUCCUGACAGAGCAUGAUCUGCUGAGAGAAUUAGCUACCCUUCAAAGCAACUCUGCUAGCUUGCAGCUGACAAAAAGACUUUUUGUGGAAAUAACAUUAACAUGCAACACUUUCCCUCAAUGGUGGACAGGAAGCCUUGGAAAAAUCUGUAACGCCAAACUCUAUGCCAUUACCACAGGUUAUUCAUCUGCCUAAUCAUUUCAAUUAUUAUCAACUUAUCUUUACUUCAAGUUUUGGACUCCUUCCUAAUAAGAAUGCAUAUGUUGCAAAUGACAACUUCUCAUCGAGUUGGCCUGACAUACAUUCUCCUGAGGUUGAGGUAUUAGUUCUGAACUUCAAGACCCAGAACUAUGGCUUACCUAAUUUCAUUGAAAGAAUGAAGAACCUGAAGGUUCUAAUACUAACGUACCACGGGUUGUGUCCUGCUUAUCUGGGUGAUAUCCACCAUCUUGCUACUCUACCCAAUAUGAAGAGAAUCAGGCUUGAAAAGACUUUGAUUCCAUCAAAUCUCCUGCAAAGCAUUGCUUCAGCAACUCUACAAAAGUUAUGCUUAUGCAUACUUAGUGUUGGUCAGGCAUUUAGCAAUGUAAGCAUUCAGCCAAUUCCUUUCCCAAACUUGGAAGGAAUCAGCAUAGACUACUGUAGCAAUAUGAUGAAGCUGCGAGUUUGGUUCUUCGAUCUACUCCAACUGAAGAAGAUUAGCAUUACCAACUGUCAAGAAGAUCUAGGGAACUUGGUGUCUUGGAGAUGUCAAGGCUUAAUUCAUGUAUAGAGUUUUCAGAGUCGCCAGAGUUGAUUGGGAACCUUCAAGUGUUCAAGAUUCAAGUGUUCAAGAUUCUGGACAUAUCAGAAUCAGAUUGUGCAAGCAUAAAAAAGCUGCCUAAACAAGUUGGUGAGCUCUCCAGCCUGAGGAAGCUGUACAUAAUAGAAUGUGAUCGUUGUG